AUGACAGCACUCGACAUCACUUUGUUCUUUCAAGCGCAGUUUACCCACCAGCGCCUCCCCACCAGCUUACCCCCCAGUUUACCCACCAGCGCCUCCCCACCAGCUUACCCAACAGUUUACCCACCAGCGCCUCCCCACCAGCUUACCCCCCAGUUUACCCACCAGCGCCUCCCCACCAGCUUACCCAACAGUUUACCCACCAGCGCCUCCCCACCAGCUUACCCACCAGUUUACCCACCAGCGCCUCCCCACCCGUUUACUCACCAGCGCCUCCCCACCAGCUUAUUCACCAAUUUACCCACCAGUGUUUACCCACCAGCGCCUCCCCACCAGCGCCUCCCCACCAGCUUACCCACCAGCGCCUCCCCACCAGCUUACCCACCAGCGCCUCCCCACCAGCUUACCCACCAGUUUACCCACCAGCGCCUCCCCACCAGCUUACCCACCAGUGCCUCCCCACCUGCUUACACACCAGUUUACCCACCCGCUUACCUACCAGUGCCUCCCACCAGUUUACCCACCGGUUUACCCACCAGUGCCUCCCACCAGCUUAUCCACCAGCUUACUCACCAGUGCCUCCCACCAGUUUACCCACCAGCUUACCCACCAGUGCCUCCCACCAGUUUACCCACCAGUGCCUCCCACCAGCUUACUCACCAGCUUACCCACCAGUUUACCCACCAGCUUACCCAACCGGUUUACGCACCAGUGCCUCCCACCAGCUUACUCACCAGUGCCUCCCACCAGCUUACCCACCAGCUUACCCACCAGUGCCUCCCACCAGCUUACUCACCAGCUUACCUACCAGUGCCUCCCACCAGUUUACCCACCAGUGCCUCCCACCAGAUUACCCACCAGUUUACCCACCAUUUACCCACCAGUGCCUCCCCAGCAGCUUACCCAGCAGCUUACCCACCAGUGCCUCCCACCAGCUUACCCACCAGUGCCUCCCACCAGUGCCUCCCCAACAGCUUACCCAGCAGCUUUCCCACCAGUGCCUCUCCACCAGUGCCUCCCCUCCAGCUUACCCACGAGUGCCUCCCCACCAGCUUACCUCCAACCAGCUUACCCACCAGUUUACCCACCAGCUUACCCACCAGCUUACCCACCAGUGCCUCCCCACCAGCUUACCCACCAGUGCCUCCCUCCAGCUUACCCACCAGUGCCUACCCACCAGUGCCUACCCGCCAGUGCCUACCCACCAGUGCCUCCCCACCAGUUUACCCACCAGCUUACCCACCAGCUUACCCACCAGUGCCUCCCCACCAGCUUACCCACCAGUGCCUCCCUCCAGCUUACCCACCAGCUUACCCACCAGUGCCUCCCACCAGUUUACCCACCAGUGCCUCCCACCAGCUUACCCACCAGUGCCUCCCACUAGAUUACCCACCAGUGCCUCCCACUAGAUUACCCACCAGUUUACUCACCAGUGCCUCCCCACCAGCUUACCCACCAGUGCCUCCCCAGCAGCUUACCCAGCAGCUUACCCACCAGUGCCUCCCACCAGCUUACCCACCAGUGCCUCCCACCAGUGCCUCCCCAACAGCUUACCCAGCAGCUUUCCCACCAGUGCCUCUCCACCAGUGCCUCCCCUCCAGCUUACCCACGAGUGCCUCCCCACCAGCUUACCUCCAACCAGCUUACCCACCAGUUUACCCACCAGCUUACCCACCAGCUUACCCACCAGUGCCUCCCCACCAGCUUACCCACCAGUGCCUCCCUCCAGCUUACCCACCAGUGCCUACCCACCAGUGCCUACCCGCCAGUGCCUACCCACCAGUGCCUCCCCACCAGUUUACCCACCAGGUUACCCACCAGCUUACCCACCAGUGCCUCCCCACCAGCUUACCCACCAGUGCCUCCCUCCAGCUUACCCACCAGUGCCUACCCACCAGUGCCUACCCGCCAGUGCCUACCCACCAGUGCCUCCCCACCAGCUUACCCACCAGCUGCCUACCCACCAGUGCCUACCCAUCAGUGCCUACCCACCAGUGCCUCCCACCAGCUUACCCACCAGCACCUCCCACUGCCCUUACAAAUCUACGACACAGAAGGAUCAAGGCGAGGAUGGGCCCCCUUUCUCUUUGUCCUCCGGUGUUUCUCUCCUUAAACAUGCGCCUCCUCCUGGCCGCUGUAGCUGUGGUGGUCUCCUCCGGCUCCACAUGGAAACAGAUGGUAUCAAGGGAUGGAGAGGAUGGCAUCCAGCCAUAG